UGUUCGAUUACUUUUAGGUGUAGUCAAGUAUUUUUAUUCGUUCCAUGAAUUUCGGUCGAAAGUUCUUUGGAUCGUUUCAGUUUUUUUGUUAAAACAGUACGAUUUCCUGCACAUAUCUAUUAAAGACAAAUAUUUCACAGGCUCAUAUAAACAAAAAUAUAUCUUUCGACACUUGCCGCAGUUACGUGACGUUUAGUACAUUUUUUUGUAUCCUGUUUAAUAACGUUUGGAUCCACUAUAAUUUGUUGGGGUUGAAAUGACGUCAUAUAUUUUGCGCUCAUGCGCAAAACAUUGAUAAAUAUGCCAGGAAGUUUAUUGAUUUCUGGACAUUUGUACACACAGAGAGAGUGGAAAUGUACGCGGUUACAGACGUUAAAAGACAUUGGCUGCUGAAAAUUAGAUUUUUUAUACAAAAUGAUAGCAUCUAAAGCAAUAAGAACAUAUAGAAUACGUAAAAUCGAAAGCAUCGGCAAGAUGACUCAAAUGACACAGGAUGAAAUAAUUAGCAAUACAAAAACAGUGUUGCAGGGUCUCGAGGCCUUACGUGUCGAACAUGUCUCACUAAUGACUGGCAUGGGUGAAGCCCAUCGUGAAAAUGAGAAAUCUGAUAUUGUACGUAAAAAUAUCGAACAUAUUGAGCUGGGUUUAUCUGAGGCGCAAGUAAUGAUGGCAUUAGCCUCACAUUUGCAAAAUGUCGAAGCUGAAAAGCAAAAAUUAAAAACGCAAGUACGGCGUUUACAUCAAGAAAAUGCUUGGUUACGCGACGAACUCGCCAAUACACAACAAAAAUUCCAAGCCUCCGAACAAUUGGUAGCACAACUGGAAGAGGAGAAAAAGCAUUUGGAAUUUAUGGCGUCUGUUAAAAAGUACGAUGAUAAUCAGGAGCAAGAGGAUUCAUGUGAAAAGUCACGUGCCGAUCCAGUUGUUGAAUUAUUUCCCGAUGAAGAGAAUGAGGAGCGUAAUAAUAUGUCGCCAACACCGCCAAGUCAAUUCGCCAAUUCGACGGCUGGCUAUGAGAUACCAGCACGUCUACGUACUUUGCAUAAUUUGGUGAUUCAAUAUGCUUCACAAGGCAGAUAUGAAGUGGCGGUGCCGCUAUGCAAACAAGCGCUCGAGGACUUGGAGAAGACAAGUGGCCACGAUCAUCCUGAUGUGGCUACAAUGUUAAAUAUACUAGCCUUAGUCUAUCGUGAUCAGAACAAAUACAAAGAGGCAGCAAAUCUACUCAACGAUGCCCUAUCUAUUCGUGGUAAAACAUUAGGUGAAAAUCAUCCGGCCGUUGCUGCAACUCUUAACAAUUUAGCUGUUUUAUAUGGUAAACGUGGCAAAUAUAAAGAUGCCGAACCACUUUGCAAACGUGCAUUGGAAAUACGUGAGAAGGUCCUUGGCAAAGAUCAUCCCGAUGUGGCGAAGCAAUUGAAUAAUUUAGCUUUGUUGUGUCAAAAUCAAGGCAAAUAUGAUGAAGUUGAAAAGUAUUACCAACGUGCAUUAGAAAUUUACGAGUCGAAACUUGGUCCAGAUGAUUCGAAUGUCGCCAAAACCAAAAACAACUUAGCCAGCUGUUAUUUAAAACAAGGAAAAUAUACAGAAGCUGAGGUCCUAUAUAAACAAGUCUUAACCCGUGCACAUGAACGUGAGUUCGGUGCUAUUGAUAGCAAAAAUAAGCCAAUCUGGCAGGUCGCUGAGGAACGUGAAGAACAUAAAUAUGAUAAUCGUGAUAAUACACCAUAUGGCGAAUACGGUGGUUGGCAUAAAGCGGCUAAAGUUGAUUCGCCAACUGUUACAACCACACUAAAGAAUCUCGGAGCCCUGUACCGGCGACAGGGUAUGUUCGAGGCAGCCGAAACAUUGGAGGACUGUGCUUUGCGUAGCAAAAAAGAAGCAUUAGAUUUAGCGAAACAAACCAAAGUUGCACAACUGCUCACCAGCGGCGAAAAGCGGCGCUCAAGACAUUACAAAGAAGAUGCUGAUACUGAUGAGAGAGCAUACAAACCCUAGACGGUUUAGCUAUGAUGGCUCGGGUCAGCGAAGUGUGCUACACAAGCUCACCAUAUAAUAAUAAUAAUAAUAAAAUAAAAAUAAUAAUAAUAAAACAAAUAGAUGAUAUUUUAAGUUUUCUACACAAGUAACCAUAACAAAUAUUUAUUUACUCAUUCCUUAAUAAAGUUUGUUCACGCAAA